CCCUCAUUGGAUACGUGCGCGCGUGCGCUCACGCGCGGAAGGCCGAGUGAACGGAGUAGCUUGAAAACAUGGAGACCGGAAGUAGCAGGAAGAGGCAGCACGAGCCAGAAUCGGAAGCGUCGGGCCUGUCUGGAGAAGAAGAAGAAGAAGACGACGACGAAGAAGAAGAACGAGUGAAAGGAGAGGUCGAGGAGGAGGCAGAUGAUGGUGACGGCGAAGACUACCAGCCUUAUGUGCCCCUCAAGCAGCGCAAGCAGGAGCUGUUGCAAAAGUUGCUGCAGAUUCGUCGCAAAGGAGUGCUGGAGGAGGAACAAAGAGACAGUGGCAGCGAGUAUCAUGGCGAUGAAGAUGACAUUCCCCUGGGCCCCCAGUCUAACAUCAGCCUUUUGGAUCAGCACCAGCAUCUCAAAGAGAAGGCAGAAGCACGUAAGGAGUCAGCUAAAGAGAAACAGCUUAAAGAAGAAGAAAAGAUCCUGGAAAGUGUGGCAGAAGGGCGAGCUCUGAUGUCUGUGAAGGAAAUGGCAAAGGGCAUCACAUAUGACGAUCCAAUUAAAACCAGCUGGAAGGCUCCCCGGUAUAUCCUAUCUAUGUCAGAAGCAAGGCAUGACCGUGUCCGUAAAAAAUACCAUAUCCUUGUGGAAGGGGAAGGCAUUCCACCUCCUCUCAAAAGUUUCAAAGAGAUGAAGUUCCCAGGGGCAAUUCUGCGAGGCUUGAAAAAGAAGGGGAUCCAGCAACCAACUCCUAUCCAGAUACAGGGUAUUCCUACCAUACUUUCUGGUAGAGACAUGAUUGGGAUUGCUUUCACCGGCUCUGGCAAGACCCUUGUGUUCACCCUCCCGGUUAUCAUGUUUUGCCUGGAGCAGGAAAAGAGGCUGCCCUUUUCCAAAAGGGAAGGACCAUACGGGCUCAUCAUCUGCCCCUCCAGGGAACUGGCUCGACAGACCCAUGGCAUCCUGGAGUACUAUUGCCGCCUGCUGCAAGAGGACGGGAUGCCUGCCUUGCGCUGUGCUCUCUGCAUCGGUGGCAUGUCUGUGAAAGAACAAAUGGAGACUAUCAAACAUGGUGUACACAUGAUGGUAGCAACCCCAGGCCGUCUGAUGGAUUUAUUACAGAAAAAGAUGGUUAGUCUGGAUGUCUGCCGCUACCUGGCUUUGGAUGAAGCUGACAGGAUGAUUGAUAUGGGUUUUGAAGGAGAUAUCCGCACCAUCUUUUCCUACUUCAAGGGACAGCGACAGACCCUUCUUUUCAGUGCUACCAUGCCUAAAAAGAUUCAGAAUUUUGCAAAAAGUGCCCUUGUAAAGCCUAUCACAAUCAAUGUGGGACGUGCAGGAGCUGCCAGUUUGGAUGUCAUACAGGAAGUAGAAUAUGUGAAAGAGGAAGCUAAAAUGGUGUAUCUACUUGAAUGUCUACAGAAGACUCCACCACCCGUUCUUAUUUUUGCCGAGAAGAAAGCCGACGUAGAUGCAAUUCAUGAAUAUUUAUUACUCAAAGGUGUAGAGGCUGUGGCCAUACAUGGUGGAAAAGACCAAGAGGAGCGAACAAAGGCUAUUGAGGCUUUCCGGGAUGGGAAAAAGGAUGUUCUUGUUGCAACAGAUGUUGCCUCCAAAGGCUUGGAUUUCCCAGCCAUCCAGCAUGUCAUCAAUUACGACAUGCCCGAGGAAAUAGAAAACUAUGUUCAUCGGAUUGGGCGUACGGGCCGCUCAGGGAAUACUGGCAUUGCCACCACAUUCAUCAACAAAGCCUGUGAUGAAUCAGUACUCAUGGAUUUGAAGGCGCUGCUGCUGGAGGCCAAGCAGAAGGUGCCCCCUGUGCUUCAAGUGUUGCAUUGUGGAGAUGAAUCCAUGUUGGAUAUCGGAGGAGAAAGAGGCUGUGCUUUCUGUGGGGGACUGGGUCAUCGUAUCACAGACUGCCCCAAGCUGGAAGCCAUGCAGACCAAGCAAGUCAGCAACAUUGGACGCAAAGACUAUCUGGCACACAGCUCCAUGGACUUUUAGAUGGAUUCUGCCUUUUGGCUAGGCAUAGGUUCUUUUUUCCUGGAAAGACACCUUUUCUGAAAUAACUCCAAUGCAGUUUCUGGCACAACUAUCACCAAUAGGAGACAGGCUCUGGCAGAGGAGGACUUUUUCCAUAUGGGGAUCUGAAUGCUUCUGUUGAAAAUAUUGAUCCUACCUCGAGGUGAAGUGCUAGGCUUGGUUGUCCUAUCUCCCACGUUGCCUUCUGUGUGGACAUUUUGUGCUAAUUUGAGACAUCACCUUGGUAUCUGCACAUUCUUGAAAGGCAUGCUCCAUCCUUUUUAAACACCUGUUUGUUUUUAAGCUGUUCAGUGUACUUUCUCUUGAGGGUAGCAGGCCAUUGUUGCAAUAAUCAGUUGCAUCAGAGAUUGUCAUGUGUGCUGGGCAAACAUUGCCUCUCUCCUCAGCAGUUGACCGUAAUGAGGAGCCAGAGACUCGGCAUGUAGUUCACAUUCUACUACUAGCUUCUGGUCGCUAUAAAAACUGUAUAAUUUUAUUUACCCCUUGCCUUGACUCCACCCAUCUUGCUUCCCACCCAUCUUGCUUUCUCUAACAGCUCUGUUUUGGAUGACAGCUCCUGCAGCUGCAGAAAAGCUAUUCUUGCCUGCAAAAAGUUGUUGAGUUAAAUGUCUCCUGGGACAGUCGUCUGUCUCUCUUGGGACUUUUUGCCUGUUAUAACUUCCUGCGUGCUUGCAGGCCCCAAAGAGGAAGUUAGCAGGCAGAGGAAGUUGCCUGCACUAUCAUACUUACUGACUCAUCCCUUGGGCAGCCACAAGAGCUCAUCAUCUUGACAGUCUCUGUCGUACACUUCACUGGGUUGCUAGCUUGGAUCUGACUCCUAUGGAGCACCCUAUAAAAGAUGGGUUCCUGUAUAUUCAACACCCGAAAUUUGGGAAGGUAAAUGUGGUGUCUCACUUGUAUUGCCAAAACUGAUUCUACAGAAUCGUAAAGGUAGAGAUGAAUGGAUUUGUGGAUUUUGUUUGCCUUGUCAAAGUCAAGGAAUCUUUUCUAUAUACUUUUCAUUGUUAGGGCUUAAGAUGUUAGCCUUGGUCGUACAAGGCAGAGCCUGCAGUAGCUGUGAUUAUCUGGUAUUUAUUUUCCAUUCUCUUGCUAUAUUGUUAUAUUGAAUUGUGAGUGUACAGCUCUAUAUUCGGUUGUUUCUGAAUAUGAUUAAAUCAAAUGACAAAUUAAAUUAAAUUCUGUGUACAUUAAG